AAUGAUUUCGAAUCUCGUUCUCGCCCCCAAUGCGAAAUAGCUGAAACCUGAGAAACAGUCUCAGCUUUUUUGUUUCGAAGCAUCGAAAGAUCGAAACCCUAAGGUCCCCAAAUUCUCAAAUUCACAAUUCAAAUCUCAUUCUCGCCCAUCAUCAGGUUCUCGGUUGAUAUUCCAUCGCUGAUUCACCGUUGCCGUCACCUCGCCAUUGUCGUACUAGCCGGGAUUCUGUUUCAGGAAGUAUGAUGGCAUAAGGUAAAAAUCAAGACCGAAGUUUUGACUAUAAGAGAUGUAGAAACCAGAAUAUGCACAUUACUUCUUCAAUUCUCAAGCCCCUAAAUUGAUUUGGUUGCUUGAAAAUGGAAUCCGAAGCACAAAAGGGUACUGUAAACCCAUCUGCAAUGCUGGCCUCGCUGCUUAGUAGGAGAGCCAAGCUCCACGAUGAGCUUCGCAGCAUUGAAAGACAGGUUUAUGAUAUGGAGACAAGUUACUUACAGGAUCCUGGGCAGUGUGGAAAUGUAUUGAAAGGAUUUGAGGGAUUCUUGUCUUCCUCAAAGAACACUGCACUCUUGAAGCGGUCUAGAAAGUUUCAUCCUGAAGAUAGGCUCUUUUCAUUGUCCUCAGUUACCUCACAAGCGGCAGAAGAGCUUGCAGCUGGACGAGAUGAUGGGAGAUCUGAUUUUGGUCCUGGUCGUUCAAAAGGCGGAGGAAUUUAUGCACAUGGACCGGGUAAACCAAAGAGGGGAAGAGGCGGACCAAGAGAUGCAAAGAGACUAAGGCAUUCAAGUGAUCAAGACUUUGAUUAUGAAGAUGAUCCAGAUUUGAUAUUUUGACUGAGAAUGUUCGUGUUAAGUUUUCUAUUAAUCUUAAUGGGAAGAUUCUGUUCUGAUAGGUAGCGUUUAGUUUCUACGAGAGACAAUGGGGAUAGAAAUAAGGUAUUAAGAUUCAAGAUAGAAAUCAAAUACUCUAUCAUAUUUAAUGGAUGUGUAGUUGGUGCUCUCUAGUUGUGCGCAUAUGAACUAUUGAUAGUUCUUUUGGCAAGUUUAUGACAAUGUUCUUUCUAGUGUUAUUUGUACAAGGGGGAAAUAUUUUGCAAAGACAUUUUAUUCAGUAAAAUAUCCAUGCUCUAAUAUGAACUGAUUCAGA